AUGGACAGCCUGUUCCCAGGCGUCGCUCUUGUCAUUGGCGCGGCUUCCGGCAUUGGGAGGCAGGUGGCGCUCUCCUUUGCGCAGGAGGGCUGUUUACGCAUCAUAUUGGUGGAUCGCGACUCGGCGAAGUUGGCAGGGUCAGCUCAGAUGAUCCGCGGACUUGACCUCACUGCUGCACCGGAUCUUCUUAGCCUGACCGUUGACAUAUCGAACGAGGACGACAUCAUCAACAUGAUGGAUUGCACAGUAAGGAAGUUUGGUAGAAUAGACUAUGCUGUGAAUGCUGCAGGAAUAUUGGGAAACAGUCAGAGCUCGGUCUUGACUUCGUCAGGUCAAUUUGACCAGAUCAAUGGUGUCAAUUACCGUGGUUGCUGGCUGUGUUCACGAGCUGAAAUUGCACAAAUGUUGAAGCAAGAUCCACUUCCCACACACGACGGUCGACCAGGAAACCGAGGCAGUGUGGUUAAUAUCUCCAGUCAGCUGGGCGUCGUUGGAAGAGAAAAAUCCUCUAAAGCUGCUGUAAUAGGGAUGACCCGAGCAGACGCUAUUGACUAUUCUCCAUCACAAAUCCGCGUCAACUGUGUAUGUCCUGGGCUCGUCGACACGCCCAUGCUGGAAACGUUCGAGAAACAUGUUCUCCAACGAGAUAUUGCAGUGGCACCAAUGAAUCGAAUGGGCACUCCUCAGGAGAUUGCAGAUGUUGUUCUGUUUUUGGCUAGCUCUAAGGCAAGCUUUAUACAAGGAGCUACUUUUGUAGUAGAUGGAGGUUAUACCAUCAAUUAG